CCUCGCUCAGUCAACGCAUAUUCAUCAGAAAUUCUCGUCGUACCAAAUUGAUCGGUCAUCCUCCUUCUUCAGCCACACACACAGAAAAUACACAAGAAGCGCGAAAGAUUAAAUUCAAAUGGCUCUGGUACCCUCGUCUUCCCCACUGAUCGCGGAGGUGGACAUGGGAACCGACUACUCCGCCCCCACUGUCCGCGCCACCGUCGUCCAAGCCGCCACCGUCUUCUACGACACCCCUGCCACUCUAGAUAAGGCUGAGAGGUUAUUGGCUGAAGCAGCAGGAUAUGGUGCCCAGCUGGUUGUGUUUCCUGAAGCAUUUGUGGGUGGUUAUCCACGUGGGUCGAAUUUUGGCGUUGUCAUGGGGAACAGAACAGCUAAGGGUAAAGAAGACUUCAGAAAGUAUCAUGCUGCUGCCAUUGAUGUGCCUGGUCCUGAAGUUGAUCGAUUGGCAGCAAUGGCUGGAAAGUACAAGGUAUUCCUGGUAAUGGGUGUGAUAGAGAGAGAUGGAUAUACACUCUAUUGCACUGUUCUGUUUUUUGAUUCUCAAGGUUGCUACUUGGGAAAGCACCGAAAAAUGAUGCCCACAGCACUGGAGCGGAUCAUUUGGGGAUUUGGAGAUGGAUCUACAAUUCCUGUGUUUGAGACUCCGAUUGGAAAAAUAGGUGCUGCCAUUUGUUGGGAAAAUAGGAUGCCACUUCUAAGGACAGCAAUGUAUGCUAAAGGCAUUGAGAUAUAUUGUGCUCCUACGGCUGAUUCCAGGGAUUUAUGGCAAGCAUCAAUGACUCAUAUUGCCUUAGAGGGUGGGUGUUUUGUCCUAUCAGCCAAUCAGUUCUGUCGAAGGAAAGACUACCCCCCUCCUCCAGAAUAUGCAUUUGCAGGAGAGGAACCUGCUCCAGAUUCUGUCGUCUGUGCCGGAGGCAGUGUUAUUAUCUCACCGUCGGGGACUGUUCUUGCUGGACCCAAUUAUGAUGGGGAGGCACUCAUCUCAGCAGAUCUCGAUCUUGGAGAAAUAGCAAGGGAGAAAUUUGGCUUUGAUGUGGUUGGCCACUUUUCACGGCCCGAAGUGCUUAGCUUGAUCGUGAGGGACCAUCCAGCAACUCCAGUUACUUUCACAUCAGCCUCAGCAAAUACCGAUCGCAAAGUCUCACAUAAGCCAUAAUUAGGUUUCAUCAGUUCACCAUCCGACAGUGGUUUGCAAAAUGGAGGCCUGUUCAAUAAUAAUCAGACGACCCUUUUGUACAUAUAAUCGUCAAUGAUGUAUUUCCUCUGUAUCCAGGUCGCCUUGCUUUCCAAUAUGGUUCUCGUUUGUCAAAUGUAUCGUUCCCACUGAUUUGUACCAUAAAGAAUCUGCUACAGAUGAAGUUUAAUAUGGUUCUGUACUUUCUUGCUGUGUAUGGAGAUCAAGUUCAUAAAUAUGUUUUCCCAAACAUGUUGAAUUUGUUAUGUUGAUUCUGAAUGCGACCGCAGACCUACUUAAGUAGUUACGGUUCUUCGCUCUA